CAGAUAAGCCCCGUUCCACGGCUUCACCUGAUCAAUUCUGAUCAGACGAUUAAUUUCUUCCUUCAAAGUAAGAAUCUUUUUCUCUUUCUUCCCUCCUCAACAACCUUCAAUAUGAGCAAAUCCGACACUCGCAACCGCGUCUGGGAAUCCCUCCGCAAAGUCGCCCUCCCCGACUCUCGCCACCACUACGACUUCAGCAGCUUCAUCGCCGACUUCCAAGGCUCCGAACAAGCCAUCUCCCGCCUAACCGCCCUCCCCAUCUACCAGGACAGCGCAAUCCUCUUCAUAACCCCAGACAACUGCCUUGAGGACCUCCGCCUCCAGUCCCUACGUGAUGGCAAAACAAUCCUCAUGACGACAUACGGCAUCCGCCGCGGCUUCUGGGUCCUCGAUCCCAACCACAUCCCCGUCGAAGACUACCGGUACGCCGCUACACUAGACGGGAUGGAAAAGGUUGCUCAACCGGUGGCAUUGGCCGAUAUCCGCAGCCGAGGAUGGAAGAUCCCGCUGAUGGUCACGGGCACCGGGGCCGUUAAUCUGCGCGGGGUGCGGUUCGGGAAGGGCCAUGGGUUUUUCGAUCUGGAGUGGGCGAUGCUCUGGUCCGUUGGGGCCGUGGAGCAGGGGACUGUGGUUGUGGGCGUUGUGCAUGAUUGUCAGGUUCUGGAGGAGGAGUUGCAGCCCGAGGAGUUUGAUACGGUUUGUGAUGUGGUGGUGACGCCGUCGAGGGUGGUGGAGGUUGUUGGUGGUGGUGCGAACAAGCCCACGGCGGGGAUUAUUUGGCCGCUUUUGCAGCCGGAUAUGUUGGGGGGGAUUCCGCCGUUGAGGGAGUUGAAGGAGAUUGCUGUUAGUGAGUAGAACUGGAUACGUUGUAGGUUGAUUUGUAGAAUGUACUGAACAGGGACAUCUGAACACAUGGCUCCACCAUCGACUUGGUGCUUUUUGAUCUAUUGCCUGUGCCACCUCAGAAGCUGCACUCACAGCGACAACCAUGACCCUGGCCCAGUCUAACUCCCCUCCUUCGCAGCCGACGUCCAUGGUCC